GCGUGAGUAGCCUGAGGGGAAGCCGCCUGCCUGCCCUCUUCGCCUUUCCUUCUCCCCGCUUCUUCCACCUUGACCAACACAGAGCAGCAGCAUGUCGGAGCCUGUGGCCAAAGUCGGUAAAAAGGAGCUCAGCUCCAUCCAAGACGAUGAGGCCUACACGAAGGCAGAAAAAGAAAAGCAGGAACUACUUGACCGUGCUGACGAAGUACAAACUGAAAUAGACGGACUUAAUGAACAAGCCGCUAAGGAGAUUUUGAAAAUAGAACAGACGUAUAACAAACUCCGCCAACCAUUUUUUGAGAAGAGAUCAGAACUGAUCGCCAAAAUCCCACAGUUUUGGGUAACAACAUUUGUCUGCCAUCCACAAGUGUCCCAGCUGCUUGGGGAGGAGGAGGUAGAGGCACUGCAUUAUUUGACCAGAGUUGAAGUGAUCGAAUUUGAAGAUGAUAAAUCAGCUUACAGAAUAGACUUUUAUUUUGAUGAAAACCCUUACUUUGAAAAUAAAGUUCUCUCCAAAGAAUUUCAUCUGGAUGAGAAUGGUGAUGAAUCUACAAAGUCCACUGAAAUCAAAUGGAAAUUUGAAAUGGACUUGACAAAGCGUUCCGGUCAAACGCAGAGUCAAGCCAGCAGGAAGAGGAAGCGUCAGGAACCAAAGAGCUUCUUUACCUGGUUUACUGACCAUCCUGAUGCAGGUCCAGAUGAAUUAGGAGAGCUCAUCAAAGAAGAUAUUUGGCCAAAUCCAUUACAUUACUACUUGGCUCCUGAGCUGGAGGAGGAUGAUGAAGAUGAGGAUGGAGGUGUUAAAGGUGAUGACGCAGGCAAGGAAGAACAGGCGGAUAAAGAUGACUAACAGAACACUGAUGGAUUCCAACCUUUUAAAAAAUUUUCUCCAGUUCCUGGGAGCAAGUUGCAGUCUUUGUUUUUGAAACUCUUGUGCUUAGUUGCCCUGUUCUUGAGG